AUGCGUAGAAGAUCUACGCUGGUUAGGCUGCUGUUGCUUUGCCUGUGGGCAACUGCGGCGACGGGGCACAUUCGAAUCGAGGCGCCCGAGGUGCAUGUGGCGCCCAACUACAAGCCGGCAUUUGUGCGUGCGGCAGUGGAGAGCAUGCCGCUGGAGGAUGAGCCGGGUGCACUGAGUCGGUUCAGCAUACGACCCACAUUUGGUGACACAUUUCUUCCGCUGCGCAGCGCCGUGGAGAGUGUGCCCAGCAUCAAUGAGAGGAGUGCGGCGAUGUUAAGGGAAUCCUCUCCUUUGCGUUCCUUUGUCAGGGAUUCCGUUGAGGCACAGCCCAGCGAUGAUGAUGAUGAAAAUGAGUCAGAGUUAGAAGGCUUGCCAAUUAACUAUGUACGCGAUGUUUCCGAGGAAAAGCAGGAGAAGCUCAGCCUACUGGUGGAACCAGAUCCUUGGUCAGUGUCCGAUAAAUACGCAGCCUUUAUUGCACCCAGCUCCAAUGAUAACUAUCAACCGCAACCUUAUCGGUCGGGAUCUCCACACCAGGAACUCCUCAAGGCAGUGGACAUUGAUCAAUUGGAGCAUAUUGAUGAAUUGGAUGGCUACACGGAACAACAGUUCUAUGGUGCUCUGGCACAUGCUGAUCUCUCCCAGACUGGAGCUGCCUAUGGUGCUCUCUCCCAGGUGAAGGCAACCACGCAAAAGAAAAACUACAACAUGGAACCCAAGGUGCUGUGCUACAUGUCCAACUGGGCAUUCUAUCGCAAGGCGGAUGGUCACUUUGUCCCCGAACAACUCGAUCCCAAGCUCUGCUCUGCCAUUGUCUACUCUUUUGCCUCCCUCGAUCCCGAUCAUCUGACCAUACGCGAGUUCGAUCCCUGGGUGGACAUUGAGAAUCAAUACUACAAGCGCGUGAUCUCUCUCGGCGUUCCCGUGCUCAUUGCCAUGGGUGGCUGGACGGAUUCGAGUGGAGACAAGUAUUCCCGCCUGGCCGGCGAUGAGAUCAAGAGAAAGGUGUUUGCUUCCAGUGCGGCGGGAUUCCUGAAACGUUAUGGCUUCAGUGGUCUCCAUUUGGACUGGAACUACCCCAAGUGCUGGCAAAGUGAUUGCUCGAAGGGUCCAGCCAGCGAUAAACCCAAUCUGACCAAGCUGUUGCGAGAGAUUCGCUCGGAAAUGCAACGUGUCAAUCCCAAAAUGCAAUUGGGUGUUGCCAUAUCCGGCUACAAGGAGAUCAUCAGCGAGGCUUAUGAGCUGGCCGCCCUCUCAGAGAUUGUAGACUACAUGACCGUGAUGAGCUACGAUUACCACGGCGCCUGGGAGGGACAAACUGGCCAUGUGAGUCCUCUGUACGGUCGCCCACAGGACAAGUAUCCGCAGUACAACACGGACUAUACCAUGCAACUCCUGGUGAAGAUGGGCGCACGUCGCGAGAAGCUCAUCAUGAGCAUUCCCUUCUACGGACAGAGCUUCACCCUGGCGCAGAGCAGUCAGCGACUACAGGGUGAGGGCGUGGCAUCCACCGGACCUGGCGAUGCUGGAGAUCUAACAAAGCAACCCGGCAUGCUGGCCUACUAUGAGAUCUGUCAACGCAUUCGCAAGCAGAAGUGGCAAACUGGAAGGGAUGCGGACCGGAAGAGUGGACCCUAUGCCAUGUCCAGAGAUCAGUGGGUGGGCUACGAAGAUGCGGCCAGUGUGGAGGCCAAGGCACGCUAUGCAGCUAACAAUGAUUUCGGUGGCGUUGCCGCUUGGACCAUUGAUCUGGAUGACUUCCAGAAUCGUUGCUGCAGUGAAUCCUUUCCAUUGCUAAAGGCCAUCAAUCGUGCCUUAGGACGCCUCAGCUCGGAACCUCCAAUGAAGAGCAACUGCGAGCGUCCAGCUCAACCUGUUACUCCCUUGCCGCCACAGAUGACCACGAUAAGCAGCGAUGGCUCAGCGGGAUCGGGUCAGCAUGAUCACUCCACCACAUCUUGGCCCAGCUGGGAGGUUAGCAGCAGCACCACAACGGGAAGACCUUCUACAAGCAGCACCACAAAGCGCCCUAAGAGCACCACCACAACGCCAGCUUGGUGGACUUCCACAACAUCAAUUCCGACCCCAACGACCACGACGACAACAAAACGUCCAACUAAACCGAAGCCCAAACCCACCAAGACCACAGCACGACCGGCACACACGACCAUACCCGUACCAGCUCUGGUCUAUCCAGUUGUCCAGGCCUCCAGCUGUGAGCCUGGAGAGUUCUAUCCGGAUACAAAGAACUGUAAUGCCUACUACCACUGCAUCAUUGCGGGUGAGAUGCGGCAACAGUUCUGUCCAGGCGGCUUGCACUGGAACAACGAGGUCAAAGGUUGCGACUGGCCCGCCUCCGCCCAGUGUUCGGUAAAGAAGCAGCAAACCACUAGUCUGCCAAGCACUAGCACUAGAACCACCACCACCACCACCAGUCGACCAAGUACCGCCAUCAGCUCCACCAAGAAGCCAAGAAAGACCACGACCUCCGUCAAGCCGAGUCGCAAACCGACGAAACCCACCCAAAAACCGACGGUUGUCAGCACUACAAAGAAACCACAUCGCACCACACGACGUCCACGUCCACCCACCUCAGCACGGUGCAACGAGGGAGAGUACUACACCCAUAGGAAUUGCGGCAGGUACUACAUCUGUGUGAAUGGAGCCCUAAUUCCGAGUGAAUGCGGGGGCGAGUUGCAUUGGGAUGCGAUCAGGAAGAUCUGCGAUUGGCCACAGAAUGUCCAGUGUUUGACCAGCAAGAAGUAUCUGCGAAUUGUGCAGUCUAAGGCCAGCGAGGAGGAUCCCUGCAAUGGGGAGGAGCGUGUACCUUAUCCGGGAGAUUGCACCAAGUAUUUGUUCUGCCUUUGGAAUCGCUUGCAGGCAGCGGAUUGUGCUCCGGGAUUGCACUACAACGAGGCGCUGGGUAACUGUGAUUGGCCAGCGGCAGCUCAGUGCAAGGAGGAUGAAGUGGCAUCCACCGGAGGAUCCUCAUCUAGCGGUACGGCCAACAAACCCAAGCCACCAGCUGCUGCCAAACCCGUACCGACAACACAGCGGCCUAGUACUACACCCAGACCGACUUAUCCGACGGAUAAGCCACAAUUACAACCACUCGAUGGCUACUACAAGGUGGUCUGUUACUUUACCAAUUGGGCCUGGUAUCGCAAGGGAUUGGGACGCUACACACCCGACGAUAUCAAUACGGAUCUCUGCACCCAUGUGAUCUACGGCUUUGCUGUGUUGGAUUACUCCGAGCUGACGCUACGCACCCACGAUUCCUGGGCGGAUAUCGACAACAAUUUCUAUACGAGAGUCAGUGGACUAAAGAGCAAGGGCAUCAAGGUGAGUCUGGCUCUAGGCGGUUGGAAUGAUUCCCAGGGAGACAAGUACAGUCGAUUGGUACGGAGUGCUGCAGCUCGUGCCAAAUUCAUUCGUCAUGCUUUGGACUUUAUUGAGAAGUAUGGAUUCGAAGGACUCGAUCUGGACUGGGAGUAUCCGGUGUGCUGGCAAACCGAAUGUAACAAGGGAUUCGAGGAUGAAAAGGAAGGUUUCACCGCCUGGGUUAGGGAGCUAUCGGAGGCAUUUAAGCCACGUGGUCUGCUGCUCUCCACAGCUGUUUCUCCCAGCAAGAAGAUCAUUGAUGCUGGCUACAAUGUGCCAGAAUUAUCACGUUACUUUGACUGGAUUGCUGUGAUGACCUACGACUUCCAUGGACAGUGGGACAAGAAGACCGGACAUGUGGCUCCUCUGUAUCAUCAUCCCGAUGACGACUACGAUUAUUUCAAUGCGAACUUCUCGCUCAACUAUUGGAUAGAGAAGGGAGCCCCAUCCCGUAAGAUUGUCAUGGGCAUGCCACUAUAUGGACAGUCAUUCACCCUGGAGAAUGCCAACAACAAUGGACUGAAUGCCAAGGCACCAGGUCCUGGUCAAGCUGGUGAAUUCACCAAAGCAGCCGGAUUUUUAGCAUACUAUGAGAUCUGCGAGCGUGUGAAGCAUCAGGGUUGGGAGGUGGUGCAGGAUGAACGAGGACGCAUGGGACCAUUUGCACGUAAGGGCACCCAAUGGGUUUCCUACGAUGAUCCGGAAAUGAUUCGCAAGAAAUCCCAAUUGGUGCGUGCAUUGGAUUUGGGCGGUGGCAUGGUAUGGGCUUUGGAUCUGGAUGAUUUCCGUAAUCGUUGUGGAGACGGUGUGCAUCCAUUGCUGCGGGAAAUCCAUGCUGUUCUAAAGGAUCCACCAAAGGGUUACGAACCGACUCCUGGUUUGAUUCCGGCAGAAGCGGAAUCUGUGGAGGAGCAGCCCAUUUCAGGAGAGGUGGGCACAGCUUCCGUUGAAAACGAAGGUGCUCAACCCUCGCAGGAAACGCCAGCGGAAGAGAGCAGCGAAGCCGAAGAAGUCGAAAGCGAAGCUGGCGAGGAACAGGAGGAAGAGGUGGCAAUAAUGGCCCAGCCGGCUCAACCAGAAUAUUCAACACCCGAAGAGGCCAGCAAUGAGGAGGAAUCCUCACAAGAAAACGAAGUGGAUCCCAAUGAGGACAUCGAAGAGGCUGAUUUUGAAAUGGAAGCGGGCUACCCCGUAAUUGGCUCUGGCACCGGAGAGUCUAAUGACUACAAGGUCGUCUGUUACUUCACAAACUGGGCGUGGUAUCGUCAGGGAGGUGGCAAAUUCGUGCCCGAAAACAUUGAUGCCGAACUCUGUACACACAUUGUCUACGGCUUUGCGGUGUUGAAUCGCGAGAAGUUGACGAUUCAACCGCAUGAUUCUUGGGCGGAUUUGGACAACAAGUUCUAUGAGCGCGUUGUGGGCUACAGGAAGAAGGGCGUCAAGGUGACAGUUGCCAUUGGCGGCUGGAACGACUCCGCGGGUGAUAAGUAUGCCCGAUUGGUCAGAAGUGCCGCAGCUCGUGCGAGAUUCAUACGUCAUGUGAUGGAUUUCAUUGAACAGUACGGAUUUGAUGGCCUCGACUUGGACUGGGAGUAUCCAGUGUGCUGGCAAGUGGAUUGCAAGAAGGGCACAGCCGAUGAGAAGCAAGGAUUCACAGAUUUAGUGCGGGAAUUAUCGCAGGAAUUCAAGCCAAAGGGUCUCCUCCUUUCCGCCGCCGUGUCACCCAACAAGAAGGUCAUCGAUGCGGGUUACAAUGUGCCGGAACUGUCGCGCUACUUCGAUUGGAUUGCCGUGAUGGCCUACGAUUAUCAUGGACAGUGGGACAAGCAUACGGGCCAUGUGGCGCCCAUGUACGAUCAUCCAGAGGGCACCACCACCUUCAAUGCCAACUUCUCCAUCAACUAUUGGCUGGAAAGUGGCGCCGAUCGGAAGAAACUGGUCAUGGGCAUGCCCAUGUAUGGACAAUCCUUCUCCCUGGCCCAAUCCAGUGAUCACCAGCUGAAUGCGCCCACCUAUGGCGGCGGAGAGGCUGGAGAGGCAACUCGUGCUCGUGGUUUCCUCGCAUACUACGAGAUUUGCUCGUACAUCCAACAACGCGGCUGGAAUGUGGUGCGGGAUGCACGUGGUCGCAUGGGUCCCUAUGCCUACUCACGGGAUCAGUGGGUCUCCUUCGACGAUGCACCCAUGAUACGACACAAGAGCGAAUAUGUGCGAGCUAUGGGCUUGGGCGGUGCCAUGAUAUGGGCCCUCGACUUGGAUGACUUCAAGAAUGAUUGCGGCUGCGAAUCCUAUCCAUUGCUCAAGACCAUUAACCGCGUGCUCCGAGGCUAUGCCGGACCACAUCCCAAGUGUCUGCUGGAAAAGAGCGAAAAGACAAUGGUCGCUGGCGACAAAGGUUCCAUUGUGUCGGCCAAACCCACCGUGAAUACUGUGACACCAACAAGCGUAAGUACGACCUCAGCGAAACCUGAUCCUGGCCAGCCUCUGGAUUGCAAUGGACGCAAUUAUGCAUCCCAUGAGAGGGACUGCAACAAAUACUACAUCUGUCAAUACGGCGAGCUCAUCGAACAGCGCUGUCCCGCUGGUCUCCAUUGGAAUGAGAACUACUGCGACUGGCCAAAUAAUGCGCAUUGUGCCGUUCGUGCGGAUCAGACGACGCAACCGCCGCUGGUGCAUCGACCCAAGCCAACGAGCACCACGGAGAGCAGUCGCCCGGCAACGAAGCCCACAAAGAAACCCUUCACUCCGCCCAAUAAGAAGCCCAUUGCACGUCCAAAACCAACACCAGUUCCUCCGCUGGGCAGCAGUGAGGAUUACAAGGUCGUCUGCUACUUUACCAACUGGGCGUGGUAUCGUCCUGGCCAGGGCAAGUAUGUGCCGGAGGAUAUCGAUGCCAAUCUCUGCACACACAUCGUCUAUGGCUUUGCCGUGCUCAACAGCAACUCGUUGACCAUCAAGACUCAUGAUUCCUGGGCAGAUAUUGAUAAUCGGUUCUAUGAGCGUGUGGUGGAGUACAAGCAGAAGGGUCUACGCGUCACCGUCGCCAUUGGCGGUUGGAACGAUUCCCUGGGCAGCAAAUAUGCACGUCUGGUGCUCGAUCCUCAGGCGCGUGCUCGCUUCAUCGAGAGCGUGCUCAACUUUAUCGAGAAGUAUGGCUUCGAGGGCUUGGAUCUGGACUGGGAGUAUCCGGUGUGCUGGCAGGUGGACUGUGCCAAGGGUGCACCCGCGGAGAAGCAAGGAUUCGCAGCAUUGGUUCGUGAACUAUCGGAUGCAUUCCGGCCACGUGGAUUACUGCUGUCCGCCGCCGUCUCGCCGAGCAAGGCAGUCAUAGAUGCGGGCUAUGAUGUUCCACAGCUGGCACGCUACUUUGACUGGAUUGCCGUGAUGACAUACGAUUUCCAUGGGCACUGGGACAAGCAGACAGGUCAUGUGGCGCCACUGUAUUACGUUGAGGGCGAUAGCAAUCCCUACUUUAAUGGCAACUACAGCAUCCACUACUGGUUGGACAAGGGCACGCCGCCCAGCAAGCUGGUCAUGGGCAUGCCUCUAUACGGUCAAUCCUUCUCGCUGGCCGACCAGAAUGCACGCUCCCUCAACGACAAGUCCAUUGGACCUGGUCAAGCGGGCACCUACACACGAGCUGGCGGCUUCUUGGCCUACUAUGAGAUAUGCGAGAAGAUCAGCAACGGCGGCUGGACGGUGGUGCGUGACGACGAGGGUCGCAUUGGACCCUACGCCUACAGCGGCAAUCAAUGGGUAUCCUACGACGAUGUGGCCGACAUUCGCCGCAAGUCACAGUUUGUGCGCAGUCUGCGUCUGGGCGGUGGCAUGGUCUGGGCCUUGGAUCUGGAUGAUUUCCGUGGUCGAUGCGGUUGUGGCAAGCAUCCAUUGCUGCGCACUCUCAACCAAGAACUGCGCGGCAUUCCCGGACAGCGUGCCAACGAUUGCACCUAAUAAUCUACAGGUGGUCAAGUAAUUGUUGUGACAAAUUACUUGAUUUGCUGUUAGUUAAUUAUUAAGUGACUAUGCGUUAAUUAAUGCCUAUUUCUUUGCUGCUGACUGGGCUCGCAAUCUGUUUUCAAGAUUUUUGCCAAUUAGUUGUAAGCACACACACACCUACAAAACUAAUAAAUAACUAAUAAUUUAAUUAUC